AUGAGUUCCAAACAAGAACUAACAAUUUUAAAAGGUAAAAGAGAUCAAUAUAGACGCUUUUUGGCUAGAAUAAACGAGUUUGUUUGUCAACAAAAUGAUGGUGAUAUCACAGAUAUAGUGAGCCAACAACUUAUUGUAAGACGAGAAAAAUCUGAUGAUCUCUUAAUUAAGUAUUCAGAUAUUGAUGCGGAAAUUAAAACAUUUGAUAAGAAAGAUCAAGACCAAAUUGAGUCUUUUGAGGAGUUGUACUAUAAUGUACAAUCUAAAAUUAAUGUUUUAAUUUCCAAAUCGAAUUUAGGUCAGGCUAAGACACCAGGUGUAGAUUGUGACAAGAUCAGAAAUUCAGAUUGGAGUCAGGGUAUGCCUUCGACAAGGUUGCCUUACGUUAAUAUUCCUGUGUUUAAUGGUGUAAACUUAGAUGAUUAUAAACCAUUUCAAAAUCUAUUUUUAGCUAUAAUUCACAAAAACAAAUGUUUAUCUGAGGUAAAGAAGAUGUUUUAUUUGAGAUCGUAUCUAAAAGGUGAAGCUUUGGCUUUAAUAAGCAAUUUAGAGCUAACUGAUGAAUCAUACAAAGAGGCUUUAAAAUUGUUGGAUGAAAGAUACAACAAUGAAUCAUUAUUGGUAAGUAGUCACAUUUAUAAAAUUUUAGAUAUGCCACCAGUAGUAAAGGGGACUAGUUCUAGUCUAAGAGAAUUUGUUUCUCUUAUAAAACAGCAAGUGACUGCUCUGAAAAAUCUAGGCGAACUAACUGAUGCUUGGAAUUCUCUGUUGGUAUGUUUGCUUUCUAGAAAACUGGAUUCACACACUAAUAAAUGUUUUCAACUUGACAGAGACAAUUCCAAGUUAUCAACCCUUAAUGAGUUCUUGCAAUAUCUAGAAAAUAGGGCCUUAGCUUUGGAGUCAGUCACAACAGCAGCUGAUAAUGUCAGUCGACAAAAAGUAAAAGUUUCUCAUGUUACUGUAAAUAAUAAAAGUGACAAAAAAUGUAAGUUUUGUCUUACUCUUGGCCAUAAGCUAUACCAAUGUCAAAACUUUAAAUUAGAAAGCUUUGAAAAUAAAUCAGAUUUCAUUUUAAAAAACAAAAUAUGUAUAGUGUGCCUAAGUGCUCAUUCGGGCAAAUGUAGAUUUAAAUUUAAAUGUCAAAUUUGUUCUAGUUCAGAGCACAAUUCUAUUUUGUGCAAUACUAAUAAUGUAGUGCAACAUAAGGUAGGGUUAGUAGGAAGAAUCCCCAAUACCACAGUGCUUUUGCCAACAGUAAAAUUUAGAGUCAAAACAAAAGACGAUCAAUAUUUAAUAGUCAGAGGACUUAAUGAUUCUGGGUCAGAAGUAUCUCUUAUAACACAACAGUUGGCAAAACAGUUAGGGCAUAGUAUUGAUGCUUCACAAAUGACUCUGGUAGGUGUCACAAAUUGUGCCAAAAGUAUCACAGAAUCGGUUACAAUAAAAAUUGAGUCAUGUAUUUAUAAUUUUAGUAUGGAAGUUACUUGCCAUAUUAUAGACAAUAUUACAUGUAUGUUACCACAUUUGCAAUUUGAAAGUAGUAAGCUUAUCCCUAGUACCGUGCAGUUGUCAGAUAAUGCAUUUAAUACUCCUGGAACUAUCGACGUUUUGUUAGGGGCUAAUAUUUUCUUUAGCAUAUUGCUUACUGGUACUAUAAAGUUAGGUUGUAACAAUUUAGUAUUGCAAAACACAUUUUUGGGUUAUGUUGUCAGUGGAGAAAUUCCUGAGGUGGCAAAAAAUAAAUUUAUGUGCAAUAAUGCAGUCAGCUUGUUUAUACAAAAUAACACCAGUAGCGUAGAUGUUAGUUCAAAUCUAGAAAAUAUAAUUUCAAAAUUUUGGGAGUGUGAGCGAGUACCACAAGUCAUAGUGGAGUAUGAUAACGAUCAAGCUGCUUGUGAGCAAAGGUUUAGGAAUUCAGUGUGUAGAAUAAAUAAUCGUUUUCAAGUAGAAUUGCCUUUAAAGAAAAAUGUUGAAAGCUUGAAUAUUGGUGAUACUUUUUCAGCAGCACACAGUAGAUUUUUAAAUCUAGAAAAGAGACUUCACGUUAAUCCUGAAUUGUUUGGGUCAUAUAAACAGUUCAUUGAUGAAUAUGUUGCCUUAGGCCAUGCAAAAAUUCUGAAUUUGGGUGAAAUUGAUAUUAACAAUCCAAGUAAUUAUUUUCUGAGUCAUCAUGCAGUUAUAAGACAAGAUAAGAAAACUACUGUGUUCGAUGGAAGUUUAAAAUCCAAGAGAGGUAUAAGUCUGAAUGAAUGUAUGUUUUAUGGAGCAGUAGUACAGCCAGAGCUCAAUUCUUUAGAAGAUGCCAUUGAAACUCAAAGGCAACUAAUUUCAAUUUUAAACCUAGGAUCAUUCAAAUUGCAUAAAUGGUCAUCAAAUUCAGAAACAAUUCUAAAAGAAAUUCCCACUCAUCUGCAACAUUUGGAUGACAAGGAUUUCUCUCAAAACAAUUUUGUUAUUAAAGCACUUGGACUUGAGUACAAUGUUAGAACAGAUAUUUUUGAAAUCUCAGUGCCAAGAACUAAUUUUGAAACAUGUGUCACAAAAAGGCAAAUCCUUAGUGCUAUUUCAAAACUUUGGGAUCCAAUGGGUAUUUGUGGACCUAUUUUAGUAGAAUCCAAAUUAAUAAUGCAGAAACUAUGGUUAGCUAAAUUAAAAUGGGAUGAAGUAGUUUCUGAUGAGUUAUUAGAUUUAUGGAAAAAAUUUUCCAGUGAGCUUGCUCAAAUGGAAAAAAUUAUUUUACCAAGGAAUUUAAAGUUCACAGGGGCAUCUAGUAUAUCUCUUAUUGGAUUUUGUGACUCUAGUAUUUAUGCCUAUGGUGCAGUAAUAUAUACACAGACUAUAAAAGAUGAAAAAAUUCAUAUUAAUCUUUUGUGUUCGAAGUCACGAAUUGCACCAAUCAACAAAAAACUCUCCAUUCCUCGCCUUGAGUUAAAUAGUGCUCUUUUACUGAGUAACCUGAUUAAUAAAAUUUUUCUGUUAUUGAAAAAUGAAGUUUCAAAAGUAUAUUUAUAUUCUGACUCAAAUAUUGUAUUAGCAUGGAUAAAAAGUGACCCAAUUAAUUUAAAUCCCUAUGUUGCUAAUAGAAUAACUAAAAUGCAAAGUUUAACUAGGGAUUUUAAAUGGGGUUAUGUUCCAUCAAAACAAAAUCCUGCGGAUUGUCUGAGCAGAGGAGUGUCCCCACUAGACUUGAAGUUGAAUUCAAUUUGGUUUACAGGACCAGAUUUUGUAAAAAUAAUGACAUCUCGUUGA